AAUUUUUUAUUGUGAUUAUUUGAAAUCGAAUAUCUCUUCUUGAUCGAUGGAUAGAGUUUUGUUGCAGAAAAGCAGUGUCGAAGGAGGUACGCAGAAACAUGUUGAAGAUGAUAACGUGGAUCUUAAAUCGGAACGGAAACGUGUUGAAAGAGGUAAGGGGCUGAAAUCGCAACGGAAACGUGUUGGAAGAAGGAAGGGGCUGCAUGCGGAACGGGAACGUAUUAGAAUCCUCGAUGAUGAGUAUAAGAAGAGCCUUGGAGAACUAGGUCCCUUUGAUGCCAUUAUUGCCCCUCCACCAGGGUUAGGUGGUGCUUUGAUGCCCUUGAUCUUAACUGAUGCUAUUCGCACUCUUCUCGUUGAACUUUCCUACAUUGCUUUGGAAAAGUACAAUGAUGACAACAAUCAGGAUCCACAAUUUGAGCCAUAUGAGUUUGAUGAGCUUAUCAAGUCAACCCGAGUACUUUGUUCUGGUUAUAAGUACUAUAUUACCUUUAAAGCAAAAAAAUCUUCCAACACCUCUUCUACAAUUUUCCAGGCCUGUGUCUGGAGAAGGAUUGAUAAGUCGUGUCAGGUCAAGUCUUGUGCCAUCAAAACCAUGGAUGGUUGAGUCAUUUGGUCCUGGAUGUUUGCUAUGAAUUCCAUUAUGUAUUUUGUUCCUUUUGUUUAACUCUAUUAUUAUGCAGUUUAAAACUUGUUUUCUGAUAUGAAUGAAUGAAUGAAUGAAUGAUCGAUUGUUUUACCUGA